GCGAGGCACGGAGAGAGGGAGGAGGAGGGGGGAAGCUUUAAAUAAAGCCUUUGGAUUGCAGCUGCUUAUUUUGGGCAGUCCUACCAGGACGAUUCCUGUCAGGAAAGAAGCUGGACCAGUCGUUGUUCUUUUUUUUUUUUUUUUUUUUUAAAUUUAUUUUGAUUUUGAUUUUUGGGGGUGGCGGCGGUGUAUGUCUGAGCUGCCUGCGGAGAUGAGCUCCGGUGCCUGCCUGUAGUUUCCACUUUGGGAUCGCUGGACACAGAAGUGGCAUUUCGGUGGGGGGAAGCUGCAGACAUGUGAGGAUGGCUGGACCACUGCAGUGGCGCACUGAUUUUUGUGGAUGGUGAUCACAAAAAGGGAAUUGAGAAGAGACUACCCGAGUUAUUCUGACACAUGACUUCAGUGCUUUCUAUUCUUAGACAGAUGAGGAUCUGAAAUAUGUAGACUGAGAAUAACACGUCUAGGUAAAAACAGUAUCCUACAAGAAGCUUUUGAUGGAUUGUUCCUAGAUAUUUCUAACAAGGCAACUACCAAAAGUUAUUCCAAUCUGACCGCCACACAGACGUCAUUAUUUUAAUGUUGAAUACUCAGACAAGGGUGCCAUGGAUGUAAAGGAAAGGAAGCCGUAUCGAUCUCUGACUCGGCGCCGUGACACUGAGCGCCGCUACACCAGCUCUUCAGCUGAGAGUGAGGACAGCAAGGCACCCCAGAAGUCCUACAGCUCCAGUGAGACCUUGAAGGCUUAUGAUCAAGACUCCAGGCUGACCUACAGCAAUCGGGUUAAAGACAUGGUGCACCAGGAGGCUGAUGAAUUCUGCCGAGCAGGAGCCAACUUUUCUUUGCGAGAACUGGGACUUGAAGAUGUGACACCCACACACGGGGCUUUGUACCGGACCGACAUCGGGCUGCCUCACUGUGGCUACUCCAUCAGCGCCGGCUCGGAUGCCGACACAGAAGCAGAUGUGGUCAUGUCACCCGAGCACCCAGUGAGGCUCUGGGGACGCAACACCAAGUCCGGGCGCAGCUCCUGCUUGUCAAGCCGGGCCAACUCCAACCUCACCCUCACCGACACGGAGCAUGAGAAUACUGAAACAGGUCCCCCCCUGCCCUGUUCGUCCGCCUCCUCCACCCCCCGCUCGCAGUCCCCCUCCCCUCUCCCCUCGCCGCCGGCCAAUGAGGGCCCGGGGCGGUCGCUGGGCGACGGCGCGGCCCGGGCGGCCGCGGGCUCGGACUCUGAGGAAGAGUUUGUCCCUCAGUCAUUCUUAGUUCAAAGUGGCUCUGGAAACCUCUGUGCCGCCGCCAACGAUCAUCCUCCAAAUAUUCAAAAUCAUUCAAGACUUCGAACUCCACCACCUCCAAUAUCACAUGCUCACACCCCAAAUCAGCAUCAUGCAGCCUCCAUCAAUUCCCUGAACAGAGGGAACUUCACUCCACGCAGCAACCCCAGCCCAGCUCCUACGGACCACUCUCUCUCUGGAGAACAACCAGCCACUACUCAAGAGCCAGCCCAUGCUCAGGACAACUGGUUACUCAACAGUAACAUCCCACUGGAGACAAGAAACAUAGCAAAGCAGACAUUCCUAGAGACAUUGCAGGACAACCUCAUUGAGAUGGACAUUCUCACCUCCUCCCGACAUGACGGUGCUUACAAUGAUGGGCACUUCCUGUUCAAACCUGGAGGCACUUCUCCCCUUUUUUGUACAACGUCGCCAGGAUAUCCCCUGACGUCCAGCACUGUGUACUCGCCUCCCCCUAGGCCCCUUCCCAGAAGUACCUUUUCUAGGCCUGCCUUUAACCUGAAGAAACCCUAUAAGUACUGUAACUGGAAAUGUGCUGCUCUGAGUGCCAUUGUCAUCUCAGUCACGCUGGUGAUCCUGCUGGCCUAUUUCAUAGCCAUGCACCUGUUUGGCCUAAACUGGCACCUGCAGCCGAUGGAAGGGCAGAUGUAUGAGAUCACGGAAGACACAGCCAGCAGUUGGCCAGUGCCAACGGACGUCUCCUUAUAUCCUUCGGGGGGCACAGGGUUAGAGUUACCUGACAGGAAAGGCAAAGGAACCAGUGAAGGAAAGCCCAGUAGUUUCUUUCCAGACGACAGUUUUAUAGACUCCGGAGAAAUUGAUGUAGGCAGACGAGCCACACAGAAGAUCCCUCCUGGUAUCUUUUGGAGAUCUCAGGUGUUCAUCGACCACCCAGUGCAUCUGAAAUUCAAUGUGUCUUUAGGAAAGGCUGCUCUUGUUGGCAUCUAUGGCAGAAAAGGACUCCCACCAUCACACACACAGUUUGACUUUGUCGAGCUCCUUGAUGGAAGACGUCUGCUGACCCAGGAGGCGAGAAGCUUGGAAGGACCUCAGCGGCAGCACAGAGCUUUUGUGCCCUUGGCCAGCCACGAGACAGGAUUUAUCCAGUAUUUAGAUUCAGGAAUAUGGCAUUUAGCCUUCUACAAUGAUGGCAAGGAAUCGGAAGUGGUUUCUUUUCUCACUACUGCUAUUGAAUCAGUGGAUAACUGUCCCAGUAAUUGCUAUGGGAAUGGAGACUGCGUGUCUGGGACUUGCCAUUGCUUCCUUGGCUUUCUGGGCCCUGACUGUGGCAGAGCGUCCUGCCCAGUGCUGUGCAGUGGAAAUGGGCAGUACAUGAAAGGAAGGUGCUUGUGCCACAGUGGCUGGAAGGGAGCAGAGUGUGAUGUUCCAACCAACCAGUGCAUCGAUGUCUCCUGCAAUAACCAUGGCACGUGCAUCAUGGGCACCUGUAUCUGCAACCCGGGAUACAAAGGCGAGAGCUGUGAGGAAGUGGACUGCAUGGAUCCUACCUGCUCAGGACGAGGCGUGUGCGUCCGAGGAGAAUGUCACUGUUCGGUUGGCUGGGGAGGAACAAAUUGUGAGACUCCAAGAGCCACUUGUCUGGAUCAGUGCUCUGGUCAUGGGACCUUCCUCCCGGAUACUGGACUCUGCAGCUGCGAUCCCAACUGGACUGGCCACGACUGCUCAAUCGAGAUUUGUGCAGCGGACUGCGGAGGACACGGCAUUUGUGUCGGAGGCACCUGCCGCUGCGAGGAGGGCUGGAUGGGCACAGCCUGUGAUCAGCGAGCGUGUCACCCACGCUGCAAUGAGCACGGGACCUGCCGGGAUGGCAAGUGUGAAUGCAGCCCGGGCUGGAACGGAGAGCACUGCACUAUUGAGGGAUGCCCUGGCUUGUGCAAUGGCAAUGGCAGAUGCACUCUGGACAUGAACGGCUGGCACUGCGUCUGCCAGCUGGGCUGGAGAGGAGCAGGCUGUGACACUUCCAUGGAGACGGCAUGCGGUGAUGGGAAAGACAACGAUGGAGAUGGCCUGGUGGAUUGCAUGGACCCAGACUGCUGCUUGCAGCCACUGUGCCACGUGAAUGCGCUGUGCUUGGGCUCCCCCGACCCUCUGGAUAUCAUCCAGGAGACACAAGCGCCCGUCUCCCAGCAGAGCUUGCACUCCUUCUAUGAUCGAAUCAAGUUCCUGAUUGGCAAGGACAGCACUCAUGUCAUCCCAGGGGACAAUCCUUUUGAAGGCGGACAUGCGUGUGUGAUUCGAGGCCAGGUGAUGACAGCAGAUGGGACCCCUUUAGUUGGAGUGAACAUCAGCUUUGUCAACAAUCCUCUCUUUGGAUACACAAUCAGCAGACAAGAUGGCAGCUUUGAUCUUGUUACCAUUGGUGGAAUCUCCAUUAUCCUGCACUUUGAGCGGGCUCCCUUCAUCACCCAGGAGCACACGCUGUGGUUGCCGUGGGAUCGCUUCUUUGUGAUGGAAACCAUAGUCAUGAGGCACGAAGAGAAUGAGAUCCCAAGCUGUGACCUCAGUAACUUCGCCCGGCCCAACCCUGUGGUCUCUCCUUCUCCGCUCACUGCUUUUGCAACUUCCUGCUCAGAGAAAGGUCCUAUUGUUCCUGAAAUCCAGGCUCUACAAGAGGAGAUUAACGUUUCCGGCAGUAAAAUAAAAGUGAGUUAUCUGAGCAGCCGCACAGCUGGCUACAAAUCAGUGCUGCGGAUCAGCAUGACCCACCCCACCAUCCCCUUCAACCUCAUGAAAGUCCACCUCAUGGUGGCUGUCGAGGGACGCCUCUUCAGAAAGUGGUUUGCAGCAGCUCCAGACCUGUCCUACUAUUUCAUCUGGGACAAGACAGAUGUCUACAGCCAGAAGGUGUAUGGGCUCUCAGAAGCCUUCGUUUCAGUAGGUUAUGAGUAUGAAUCCUGUCCAGACUUAAUCCUGUGGGAGAAGAGGACAGCUGUGCUUCAGGGUUAUGAAAUUGAUGCUUCCAAACUUGGAGGAUGGUCCCUGGACAAACACCACGCCCUCAACAUACAAAGUGGCAUCUUGCAUAAAGGAAAUGGGGAAAACCAGUUCAUUUCCCAGCAGCCACCUGUAAUUGGAAGCAUUAUGGGCAACGGCCGCAGACGGAGCAUUUCUUGUCCGAGCUGCAAUGGUCUGGCAGAUGGAAACAAACUCCUGGCUCCUGUUGCCCUAACAUGUGGGUCUGAUGGAAGUCUUUAUGUUGGAGAUUUCAACUACAUCCGAAGGAUCUUUCCCUCUGGCAAUGUCACCAACAUACUGGAGCUGAGCCACAGCCCAGCUCAUAAGUAUUACUUGACCACAGAUCCGAUCACUGGCUCCAUCUACCUCUCGGACACCAACAGCCGACGUAUCUAUAAAAUCAAGUCAACCACAUCAGUGAAAGACAUUGUGAAGAACUCAGAGGUCUUGGCUGGAACUGGGGAUCAGUGCCUCCCAUUCGAUGACACCCGCUGCGGAGAUGGAGGCAAAGGCACCGAUGCCACCCUUACAAAUCCCAGGGGCAUCACCGUGGACAAGUUUGGGCUGAUUUACUUUGUGGAUGGCACCAUGAUCAGGAGGAUUGAUCAGAAUGGGAUCAUCUCCACUGUGCUGGGUUCCAAUGACUUGACAUCUGCUCGGCCUCUCAGCUGUGACUCUGUUAUGGACAUUUCUCAGGUUCGUCUAGAAUGGCCCACAGAUCUGGCAGUGAAUCCCAUGGAUAAUUCGCUCUACGUCCUCGACAACAAUGUUGUGCUGCAGAUCUCUGAGAACCACCAAGUGCGCAUCGUGGCAGGGAGGCCCAUGCACUGCCAGGUGCCAGGCAUGGAUCACUUUCUCCUCAGCAAGGUGGCAAUCCACGCCACGCUGGAGUCCGCCACCGCCCUGGCCGUGUCCCAUAACGGGGUGCUGUACAUUGCUGAGACCGACGAGAAGAAGAUCAACCGCAUCAGGCAGGUCACCACCAACGGGGAGAUCUCCCUGGUCGCCGGCGCCCCGAGCAGCUGUGACUGCAAGAACGAUGCCAACUGCGACUGCUUCUCGGGGGACGACGGCUACGCCAAGGACGCCAAGCUCAACGCGCCGUCCUCCCUCGCCGUGUGCGCAGAUGGGGAGCUGUACGUCGCCGACCUGGGGAACAUCCGAAUCCGCUUCAUUCGGAAAAACAAACCAUUCCUCAACGCACAAAAUCUCUAUGAGUUAUCCUCACCCAUAGAUCAGGAACUCUACUUGUUUGACACCAGUGGGAAGCACCUUUACACUCAGAGUCUCACCACUGGAGAUUAUCUUUACAAUUUUACUUAUUCUGGAGAUGGAGAUAUAACUCUGAUCACUGACAAUAAUGGCAACUUAGUCAACAUCCGAAGAGAUUCCACAGGGAUGCCCCUCUGGCUGGUGGUGCCUGAUGGCCAAGUCUACUGGGUGACAAUUGGUACCAACAGUGCACUCAAGAGUGUAACAACACAGGGGCAUGAAGUGGCCAUGAUGACUUACCACGGCAACUCUGGUCUCCUUGCCACUAAAAGCAAUGAAAAUGGUUGGACAACAUUUUAUGAAUACGACAGCUUUGGCCGCCUGACCAACGUGACCUUCCCUACUGGCCAAGUGAGCAGCUUCCGCAGCGACACCGACAGCUCCGUCCAUGUCCAGGUGGAAACCUCCAGCAAGGAUGAUGUUACAAUAACAACCAAUUUGUCAGCAUCAGGGGCCUUCUACACCCUGCUCCAAGACCAAGUCCGAAACAGCUACUACAUCGGUGCUGAUGGCUCCCUCAGACUGAUGCUCGCCAAUGGCAUGGAGGUGGCCCUGCAGACCGAGCCACAUCUGCUGGCUGGCACUGUCAACCCCACGGUGGGGAAGAGGAAUGUCACCCUGCCCAUCGACAACGGCCUCAACCUCGUGGAGUGGAGGCAGAGGAAGGAGCAAGCGAGAGGGCAGGUCACCGUCUUUGGACGUCGGCUGAGGGUUCACAACAGAAACCUGCUGUCUCUUGACUUUGAUCGUGUGACAAGGACUGAGAAAAUCUAUGAUGACCACCGCAAGUUCACGCUCCGCAUCCUCUACGACCAGGCAGGGAGGCCCAGUCUCUGGUCACCCAGCAGCAGACUGAACGGGGUCAAUGUCACCUAUUCCCCAGGAGGACACAUUGCAGGGAUUCAGAGGGGCACCAUGUCAGAAAGGAUGGAGUAUGAUCAGUCUGGCAGAAUUACAUCCAGAAUCUUUGCUGAUGGUAAAUCAUGGAGCUACACCUACUUAGAGAAGUCCAUGGUGCUGCUCCUUCACAGCCAGAGGCAGUACAUCUUUGAGUUUGACAAGAAUGAUCGGUUGUCCUCAGUGACCAUGCCCAACGUUGCCCGUCAGACUUUGGAAACUAUUCGUUCCAUUGGUUACUACAGGAACAUCUACCGGCCGCCAGAAGGCAAUGCCUCAGUAAUUCAGGACUUCACAGAGGAUGAGCAGCUCCUCCACACUUUGUACUUGGGCACAGGGAGACGUGUCAUCUACAAGUAUGGGAAGCUGUCCAAGUUAGCCGAGAUGCUCUACGACACCACAAAGAUCAGUUUCACGUACGACGAAACUGCGGGCAUGCUGAAGACCAUAAACUUGCAGAAUGAAGGGUUCACCUGCACAAUCAGGUACAGACAGAUAGGACCCCUCAUUGACCGACAGAUUUUCCGCUUCACAGAGGAGGGCAUGGUGAAUGCACGCUUUGACUACAACUAUGACAACAGCUUCCGGGUGACCAGCAUGCAAGCGGUCAUCAACGAGACACCUUUGCCCAUUGAUCUCUACAGGUACGAUGAUGUGUCAGGCAAAACUGAGCAAUUCGGUAAAUUUGGGGUCAUCUACUACGAUAUCAACCAGAUUAUCACCACUGCUGUCAUGACCCACACUAAACAUUUUGAUGCCUAUGGCAGGAUGAAGGAGGUCCAGUAUGAGAUAUUCCGGUCUCUCAUGUACUGGAUGACUGUGCAGUAUGACAACAUGGGCAGAGUGGUUAAGAAAGAGCUGAAGGUUGGCCCUUACGCAAAUACAACUCGUUACUCAUAUGAAUAUGAUGCUGAUGGCCAGUUGCAGACUGUGUCUAUCAAUGACAAACCUCUCUGGCGUUACAGCUAUGACCUAAAUGGAAACCUCCAUCUGUUGAGUCCGGGGAAUAGUGCCCGCCUUACACCACUCAGGUAUGACCUCAGGGACAGGAUUACUAGACUGGGGGAUGUGCAGUACAAAAUGGAUGAAGAUGGCUUCCUGAAGCAAAGGGGCAAUGAUAUUUUUGAGUACAAUUCAGCUGGCUUGCUCAUCAAAGCCUACAAUAAAGCAAGUGGGUGGAGUGUGAAGUACCGCUAUGAUGGCCUAGGAAGGAGAGUCUCCAGCAAAACCAGCCAUGGCCAUCACUUGCAGUUCUUCUACGCAGAUCUGACCAACCCAACCAAGGUCACCCACUUGUACAACCACUCGAGCUCUGAGAUCACCUCCCUGUACUAUGACCUCCAAGGCCACCUCUUUGCGAUGGAGCUCAGUAGCGGCGAUGAAUUCUACAUAGCCUGCGAUAACAUUGGCACUCCUUUGGCUGUCUUCAGUGGGACUGGCUUAAUGAUCAAGCAGAUACUGUACACAGCAUAUGGGGAGAUCUAUAUGGACACUAACCCCAACUUCCAGAUCAUCAUUGGCUACCAUGGAGGACUAUAUGACCCCCUCACGAAGCUUAUCCACAUGGGGCGGAGAGACUACGAUGUGCUAGCAGGUCGCUGGACAAGUCCGGACCAUGAUAUGUGGAAGCAUCUGAGUAGCAAUAACAUAAUGCCUUUCAACCUGUAUAUGUUCAAAAACAACAACCCCAUUAGCAAUUCUCAGGAUAUCAAAUGUUACAUGACAGAUGUCAACAGUUGGCUGCUCACCUUUGGGUUCCAGCUGCACAAUGUCAUCCCCGGCUACCCCAAGCCAGACAUGGAUGCAAUGGAGCCAUCCUAUGAGCUAAUCCACACACAGAUGAAAACCCAAGAAUGGGACAAUAGCAAGUCCAUUUUGGGGGUCCAGUGUGAAGUGCAGAAGCAGCUGAAGGCUUUUGUCACCCUGGAGCGCUUCGAACAAAUCUACAGCUCCAGCAUCGCUGGGUGCCGGCACGUCAAGAAGAACAAGAACUUUGCUUCUGGAGGCUCCAUCUUUGGCAAGGGCGUCAAGUUCGCCAUGAAGGAUGGCCGUGUGGCCACUGACAUCAUCAGCGUGGCCAAUGAGGACGGACGGAGGGUUGCAGCCAUACUGAACAACGCCCACUACCUGGAGAACUUGCACUUCACCAUCGACGGGGUGGACACGCACUAUUUCAUUAAGCAGGGGCCGUCGGAGGGCGACCUAUCCAUCCUGGGCCUCAGCGGUGGGCGGAGGACCCUGGAGAACGGCGUGAAUGUGACAGUGUCCCAGAUCAACACAGUGCUGAGUGGGAGGACUAGACGCUACACGGACAUCCAGCUCCAGUACGGUGCACUGUGUCUAAACACGCGCUACGGGACCACCUUGGAUGAGGAGAAGGCACGCGUCCUGGAGCUGGCCCGGCAGCGCGCCGUCACCCAAGCUUGGUCCCGGGAACAGCAGAGACUGCGGGAUGGGGAGGAGGGUAUUCGCUCGUGGACAGAAGGGGAGAAGCAACAAGUGCUAAACACGGGCCGGGUACAGGGCUACGAUGGCUAUUUUGUGAUCUCAGUGGAGCAGUACCCCGAACUCUCAGACAGCGCCAACAACAUCCACUUCAUGAGACAGAGCGAAAUGGGCAGAAGGUGACAGAGAGGGUCAAUGCGGUGACUUCUUGCCAAAGACAGCUACUCUUUUGUGGCCACUUACCUGACUGUGUUGUACUCAAUCCUUUUUCUAAACUGAACAAGGUGGGGGGGAAGAAAAUAGAAAGAGAAGGAAUAAUAAUGGUUGCACUGUAACUCAUGCAACAUACUUUUUUCCCGCUUUAAUUUGGCCUUCAUGCGUUUUUUGCAAUGAACAGAAGGUAUAUUUUGCCGUAGUGUGAUCACAGUGAAAUUUACUGUCUCUUGUCCUUUUUUUUUUGUAUGUUUGUUUUGGGUUUUUUUGUUUCUUUUCCCCCCUCUUUGUGAGGAAUUUGAAGUGGGGAGUCGUCAACGUACGUCCUUAGGUGUAAGUGCAAAAUGGGUGUCUGUGCUAACUUGUGUCAUCCUAACCCUUUCUAAUUUGGGGCAGGGGCAUAGCCUUCCACCUGGAGCAGGGGGAGCCCAUGGCAUGCCAGAGAGCUCUUCCCAGAAAGAAAGGAGAUGAAAGACAACGCUGAUUCUGAUACUCUGGAAGUGACCGUCCAAAUCAUGUGCCUCAAAAGGGACCUUACAAGUAGUUUUCACAUUUCACUUGGGACAUAACGUGUUUCUUUGGGGGCUCCUGCUGAGCAGAAGUAGAUUAUAGAGGCAAAGGAGCUGAUUAUAUUACCUUGCAAGAUGAUUCUCUUCCUUCCUGAACUGGAAUAAAAAAAGAAAAAAAUCAGUCUUUUUUCAUUAUGAGAGUAGAUACUUUUUGGAGUUUUCUGUGUGUGCGCAAAUCCUGGUUUUAGUUAAAUAACCUAGCAAAAGCCAAGAAAAGGGACUCCUGCUCUAUUGAGAAAAGCUAAAAUAAAUCCUCUCUCAUACGUAGAGCUGUUCUAUAGGUGGAUUUAAUGCACCCAUGUUGUACAUUUGCUAAUGGCAUAACUUCAUUAAAUGUAUAGUGUUUCAGUACAUGAGGCUACGUGUUUAA